AUGAGAAGUGGGAAUGAAGAUUAUCUGCCCAGAAAGCACCCACAAAAUCGCAACACCCAAAUCAAGUUUAACCUCAAGUUUCUUGCUCUCAUUGUGCUAACCAACCUUCUCACUAUAUACAUCUUCACUGGUCCUUUUAACUUCACCACAACUUCUAACUAUGCACACAUCUUCGGCUAUAACUCCCUCUUCCAUGAGCUUAAUUCCACACAAAGGGAACUCAAGGCGAGCCGGUUAUAUGUCACGGAUUUGCACGAAAAGCUCAGGUCGAGUGACCGCCUUGUCCAGGCGCUCCUAUCUCAGCUAAACGUCCUAAACCGGGCCAUUAACCAAACCCCGGAUUCAAAUGUGUUGAGUUACGAUGAUCUUCUUGCUGGCUUGUCGGAUGAAGCUAGGCUUUCGAUGGGUUCUCACAAGCUUCCCUUGGGAUAUGCGCCUCGAAUGGGGUCGGAUGAAGUUUAUCCCCCGGUUGGAGGGGCGUGUUUGAGGUAUGGAGAAGAGCUGGCACGGUAUAUGAGUUACGAUGUGGGAGAGGAGUGCCCGGUGGAUGAUGGUUUCGCGCAAAAACUUAUGCUGAGGGGCUGCGAGCCCCUCCCCAGACGUCGGUGCCACCCAAAAUCGCCCGUGGGGUAUACUGAGCCAACGCCAUUGCCCGAUAGUCUGUGGUCUACACCACCCGACACGAGCAUUAUCUGGGACCCAUAUUCCUGCAAGAGCUAUAAAUGCCUCAUAGAAAGAAGGCUCACUCCAGGGUUCUAUGACUGCAAGGACUGUUUUCACUUGCAAGGCAGGGAGAAGAAUAGGUGGCUGUUUGACAAUGGAGGCCUGGAUUUCGGGAUUGAUCAAGUCCUCGCCACGAAGCCACAUGGCACGAUCCGGAUAGGCCUGGACAUCGGGGGAGGAUCAGGCACAUUUGCAGCCAGGAUGAAGGAGAGGGACAUCACCAUCAUCACUACCUCCAUGAACUUUGAUGGCCCUUUCAAUAGCUUCAUUUCCUCAAGGGGGUUGCUCUCAAUGCACCUCAGCGUCUCCCAGAGGCUCCCGUUCUUCGAAAACACACUCGACAUCGUGCACUCGAUGCACGUCUUGAGCAACUGGAUCCCCCACACCCUGCUCGAGUUCACACUCUUCGACAUAUACCGGGUGCUCAGGCCUGGAGGGCUGUUCUGGCUCGACCGCUUCUUCUGCGUUGCAUCGCAGCUCAACGCCACUUACGCUCCCAUGAUUGAUAGGGUCGGGUUCAAGAAACUCAGGUGGCAUGCUGGGAUGAAGCUUGACAAAGGCAGGGACAAGAAUGAAUGGUACUUCUCUGCUCUCCUGGAAAAACCAAUGACCUAAUUAAGGUUAUCUUGUAUUCUAGUCCUAUGAAUACCAUGUUGUAUUGCCA